AUGGGUUUUUAUUAUACCAAACUCAAGAAGAUUGCAAGAUAUGCUAAUAUGAGAGAUAAUGAAUUUCACCAUAGAUUUCUUGAGGGACUUUCUUCAGAAAAUCAAAUAGAAGCUCGCCAUAAAUGGGAUAUACAGGAUAUACAGGAUGUAUAG